AUGGGAUACUUUUGUGUGUUUAGCAAGAAGGGCCUGCUUGUACAUGAAGAAGGAAACAGACCUGAUAACUUGAACCAGAUGAUAAUUUCGCUGGACAUUUCAAAACUUGGUGGAUUGAGAAAAGUCAAAGACCAACUGAUGGAGUAUGAGAUAAAAGGACCAACAGUGUAUCUGAGUGUUUCUAAGGAAGCUAGUCUUGAAGAAAAGAUCAAAGCAUAUCUUGGAAUUAAUAAUGAGAAGCCAAGCGCACUGAAUCUUAAAUAUCAAAAGAAGAUUGAUAGAGAAGGAAAGUGUGAGGAUGUAGAGAAAGAAGAUGAACUUAACUAUUCCGAAACAUCGAGUGUUGUGGGAUCCUUUGUUGACAGUUUUAAGAAGACAGCAAUCAGGAAGGCUUUUGGAUUAUUCAAGAACCAAAUAAAGGUGGAUGAGUUGAAAGAUAAGAUGAGAACGCAUUUAAUAGGAAAGAAUGUGAGCUACCAAAUUACAAAUACAUUAGUUGAAAGUGUAAUGCUUGAGCUGAACGAGGAUGGUUUAGAGUAUGUUUCUGAAGAAACAUUCAAGAAUAAACUUGCAGAGGUUUUAGGCAAGUUGAUUCCAUCUGUAGAUCAUGACAGGAUGCUAAGUGGAAUAAAAAGUCACAAGGGUGUGUUUUCUAUAUGCUUUGUUGGAGUGAAUGGAGUUGGGAAAAGCACAUCGCUUGCGAAGAUAUGUUAUUGGCUAUUGCAGAAUGGAUUAAAGGUUUAUAUUGCAGCCUGUGAUACAUUCAGAGCAGGUGCAAUUGAACAGUUAAAAACACAUGUGGAGAGAUUUAGAAUGGGAGGACAUUCAGUAGGAUUUUAUGAAAAAGGGUAUGGUAAGGAUGAUGCGUCUGUUGCAAGAUGUGCGGUACAAGAAGCUCAGCAUGAAGGUUAUGAUGUUAUACUGAUUGAUACAGCUGGCAGAAUGCAUAACAAGAAGAAUCUAAUGGCUUCAUUGACAAAGCUUAUGAGAAUUAACAAACCCAACCAUGUUAUUUAUGUAGGUGAGGCAUUGGUUGGAUCUGAUAGUCUUGAUCAUGUGAAGGAGUUCAACAGAGCUGUUCAUGAUGCAGACGAGUCCAUGGAAAUCAACAGUAUCCUGCUUACCAAGGUUGAUACGGUGGAUGAUAAGAUUGGGCAGAUACUGGAUAUGACCUUUACUUCGAAUGCACCUGUUUUAUUUUUAGGAAUGGGGCAAUCGAAUGCAGAUUUGGCAAAGAUAAGUUCUGAUGAUAUUGUGAAUAGUCUUAUGUCAUAA